AUGGCGACUCGCGCCCGUCUGCGUACGCUCUCAGCUUUCAGAGCACCUCUUCCCAAACGCUGCUACUCUACCGAAUCGCGGUUAGCCUCGGACCACGUUCGCAUCGUCGAAGUCGGUGCACGCGAUGGACUACAGAACGAGAAAAAGUCCAUUUCAAUGGAGACAAAGCUAGAGUUGAUACGAAGACUGGCAAAGACUGGUGUCACCACUAUCGAAGCGGGCUCUUUCGUCCCCGCGAAAUGGGUACCACAGAUGGCUAGCACGGCUGAAAUUUGCGAACAUCUCUUGACGUCACCUCCAGCUUCGCAAAGCACAAUCGCCUACAAUUACCUGGUUCCCAACAUCAAGGGAUUGGAGAGUCUUGUGAAGAUCAUGGAGGCUAAGGGAGUAUCGGCUGAAUCAUCAAGCUCCAAUUCGCAAUCAGCAACCACUACGGAAGUGUCCCUGUUCGCUGCAGCUACAGAGUCUUUCUCCAAGGCCAACACCAAUUGCACCAUUGCCGAGUCCCUGGAGCGCAUCAAACCCAUUGUUGCUCUAGCGAAGAACAAAAACAUUCGUGUGCGAGGCUAUGUCUCGGUUGCACUCGGCUGCCCCUACGAGGGGCCCGAAGUGAAUCCGUCAAAGGUGGCCGACAUCACCGCAACCCUACUUGAGAUGGGAGCGGAUGAGGUGUCAGUGGCUGACACCACUGGGAUGGGUACAGCGCCUCGCACCCUGGAACUUCUGAAAGCUCUCAAAGCGGCAGGAAUUGCCAACACCGAUCUGGCUCUCCACUUCCACGAUACCUAUGGACAGGCUCUGGUGAACACUUUGGUCGGACUGGAGCACGGUAUUCGAAUCUUUGACAGCAGUGUUGGCGGGCUCGGUGGCUGUCCUUACUCUAAAGGCGCCACUGGAAAUGUCUCCACGGAGGAUCUCGUGCACACGGUCCACAGCCUUGGAAUGCACACCGGGAUCAGUCUUGAAGAAAUGUCCCGGAUUGGUUCUUGGAUCAGCGAGGAACUGGGCCGAGCGAACGAUAGUCGAGCUGGCAAGGCAACUAUGGCGCGGCUGAUGGAAUCAAAGUAA